AUGGAAGCUCUAAUCUAUAAUGACUCGCCCAUAGCAGAAUAUUUGGAAGGAGACGCCAUUCCCUUCGAAGCCACCGAACCCUCCUCACCUCCUCCCUCUUGCGCUCGACAAACCUACGCCCCUCGAGGCCUGCCCAAACUCCGCGAGCAAUUACGCAGCAUCCGUCAAACUGCCGUCUCUGUGACCGAUGUCGCAAACGAACAGUUUCUCGAGCGGUUUCGUUACGUGAUAGUCGCCUCCCAACUUCUGGCGGACGAACCGAAGCCGAGACGACACCUUCUCCAGAAUGAUCAACCUUUCACUCCGCGUACUCUCUCGGUCCGGGGUGCUUGUAUAACAGCCGCAAUUUCCUUUUUAAUCGCAUGGUCUCUACAUCUGUUCCAGCGGGGGUUCAGCACGUCUCGGUCAUAUCAUUCAACUUGGUCAGAAAUAUGCAUAUACUUGUCGGUAAUUUUGGGGGGAGUUCUGGUUCUUUUCUACUUCGCUCGGCGCCAAUAUCUUGAAUUUGUGCGGCAGACGGCAGGGUCGACGUUGGGAAAUGUCGUGGCGAACUCACAUAAUUACGAUAGUAUUGCAGCUGAGGCGCUUCGUUUCAUUCAAGAGGUCGAGGUGGUCUCUCGUGGUUAUGAAAUAAGCCACCCGUUGCCCCCAGUCAGUCGACUGGAAGACAAAAACUCACCCAGUCGCUGUCGGGAUCUACGGGCCACUCUCGGAGUCACCUUGACGGCCAGUGUCGUACGAUGCGUCGAAGCCCACAAUGCCGUCCAACCAUUUGUGAGGGACCUCGACCUGAAGAGGUACCAUGACAUAUACGAGGUCUCGAUGCAGGAUUACACCGACGCCGUGGCGUUGGCGAACGACUCCCCCCUCGAAACCCGGGACUCUCUGAAAGAACUUCGCUUCCUUUUCCGACUCCAUCUCAUUGCAAGAAAAGUCUUCCUUUGUGAUCUGUUGGCCCUUCACUCUGGAUCCACCUGGUACAAUGUCCGCCAGUGGCGGCUGAUCUGUCACGUGUUGGAAGGUCUAGACGGUGCACUGACCCACGCAAGCCAACAACUCCACACUGCUGUCGUGCACGAAGAGUAUGGCGAGGACGGGCCGGACACCGUGUCGGACGAGGCCGACUCAGCAGCUGAACGGAGCAUGGACGCCAUUACGCCGCAAAAACGACACACUAAGGCCCAGAUACGCCGAUUCGAGGCGGUGGCCAACGCUAUCCGAUCCUUGAAUGCCAAAGUCCAUCUUUUGAGGGAAGAGAUCAACGCCCUAAAGUCAAAGGAUGAUUCCUCCCUCAGCAUGGCCAUCACUGGACACUACGAACACCUCGGGGCUGAGAUUCGAAACGCCCUAGUCGAAUGGGAAAAGGGGCGAAACACCAUGUUCCUCAACGUUGGGACCGAAUCUGAUCAUCGUUUCUCCAGAGCGUCCAGCGGCAUGCGAUCACCGGCGUCGCCAUCUCCUAGCAGCCUGGGUGGGCUGACGGUGGUGGAUGGAGGGCCGGCCGAAGCGCUAAGGCUGCUGAGUGGCGACGAACGUAGCUCGUCUGAUGGAGUGGGAUUGGACGAAGAAGUGUUUGAAGCGGUGGCCUUGCCACGCAAGCGAAUGUCUUGGGCGCCAAUGAGCCGCGAAGAGAAGCUCAACAAACUUCAAGAGGACCGGAGGAAGCGGGCGACCUUUCAGGAGCACGCCGAAAACACGACCAAUAUGCUGCGCGAACUGCAGAUGGUCAUCAAACACCGCCCUCUGGCCAGGUCCGAUACGCGCAUCACUUCGAUAUAA